CCCUUAUUAAGCAGCUAGGGCGGGUGUGCUAGGGGGUAUGUGUGUGUCUGAGGCAUUUUGGAUUGGAGAUGCAGAAAUAAAGGGCAGUUUCGAGGAAGUGACGGACGAGACUCAGGGGACUGGUCAGAGGAAGUUUGCUUGAUGGUGGUACCGUGCUGCUGACCGAAACUUUUCCCCCUUGAGCACCAGCGGCACCGUGGAUAGGGACGGACGGAUCCAGCGGCGGUGGGAGCUUGUGUUUCCUCGCCACAAGAGCAGUACUGAGGAAUAACUUGAGGUCGGGAGAAAACGGGAUUCGCAGUUGAAUUUCACUCCCGCAACCAAGCCCCCCUUUUUCUUCUCUUCCCCGCGCCUCCUCCGGUUUUUUUUUCUGGGAUUCGCGAUGGGGAAGGAGCAGGAACUUCUUGAAGCGGCGCGCACGGGAAACCUGGCCGCUGUGGAGAAGCUUUUAUCCGGGAAGCGACAGUCCGCUGGCACCGGCAGCGGUUUGUAUGGUACCGGUGGAAGCGGCAGCAGCGGGGGGCACGGCGCCUCCUCUCACCCGCUCUCCAGUCUGCUCAGCAUCUGGAGAGGCCCCAAUGUGAAUUGUGUGGACAGCACUGGAUACUCCCCUCUCCACCACGCCGCCCUAAAUGGACACAGCGAGGUGGUGGAGGCGCUGCUACGAAACGAGGCCUUGACCAACAUCGCCGACAACAAGGGCUGCUACCCUCUCCACCUGGCUGCAUGGAAGGGAGAUGAACAUAUCGUCAAACUGCUCAUUCACCAAGGACCUUCGCACCCCAAACUCAACGAGAAGAGCUCUGUAGACCAUAAAGAGUUCAAACGCUGUGGGCCCUUUGACCCCUAUAUUAAUGCCAAGAACAAUGACAAUGAGACGCCGCUGCACUGUGCCGCUCAGUAUGGCCACACCCGGGUGGUGCGGCUGCUGCUGGAGGAGCUGACCGACCCCACUAUGAGGAACAACAAGUUUGAGACUCCACUGGACCUGGCCGCGUUAUAUGGCCGCCUUGAAGUAGUCAAGCUGCUUCUCUGUGCCCACCCCAACCUGCUCAGCUGCAACACCAAGAAACACACGCCGCUGCAUCUGGCCUCUCGGAACGGACACCUGUCUGUGGUGGAGGUGCUGCUGGACGCUGGCAUGGACAUCAACUACGAGACGGAGAAAGGCAGUGCUCUCCACGAAGCCGCCUUGUAUGGGAAGACCGAUGUGGUACAGAAACUUCUCAGUGCAGGUAUCGAUGUGAACAUCGUUGACACGAAGGGCAAGACGGCGCAGGACACUGUUAAGGACAUGCCCUCCCAGAAAAGCAGAGAAAUAGCUGCUUUCAUCCAAGCUCACGUGGCUGGAAUACCCCACAUCAUAGACCUCCCCCCACCACCAGUCCCUCCGCCUCAGGAGAGUCCCAGCCCACGGAAAAAGGGUGACAUGGAGAAGGUUAGUGAGCUGAUCUCGGGGCUGGCCCCGAGGCCCGAGGAGGAGAGCCCCUACGAGGCUCUGUUUGAAGCCACCUCCUGUCACUCUCUGGACAGCCUCGCCAGCGGCAAGUCCUCUGACCGAGACUCUGGACGGCCGGACAGUGAAGCCGGCAAGAAAGAUCGCCCAGUCCACUCUUCGCAUCCUGGUCCUGGUCAUGAAGAAGAAGUGAGCUCCGAGGCCCUGUAUACUAAUAGCAGUAUUGAUGAGAGAGGCGAGCCAGUGGAGGAGGAGGAUCACACAUAUGAGUUGUUGCUGACUGCACAGACCAAACACCCACCGCCCAGCCAGGAGUCCCAGUCCAAUAAAGAUGAAAACAAUGCCACCAGUGCCCUACCUCAGCGUAAACCCACUGCCCCAAGCGACCUCAGAGCCCCAAGCAGGACGAAAGACACCCUGCACCCUCCUGGACGGGGGAGCCCACGGGCACCUGGAGAUAACUCGCAGCUCAGCCAGGAUCAGGGAGCAGGUGUCCCGGAGCAGUUCACUGGCCUGCUGCACGGAUCUUCCCCCGUCUUCGACAGCCGCGAGGAACCCCUCAGGCUUCCAGGUGUUGCGCCAGUCAGCCAGGGUCAGCUGGAAUCAAGAAAAACUGCCAAAGUAAAAGAGGAAGUAGUAGCAGCAUCAGCAGCAGCACCGCCACCUAGCCGCCCCAGUAUGGCCGCAAUCCUGACAGACUGUGAUCCAAAAGCAAUUUAUGCAACUGUGAACAAGGAGCCCAGGGACUUGGGGGCUGGGGCAGUGUGUGCCGUUAGGAUGCGCCCUCCUGGGGACCUGAAACUGGCACGCAGCCUCUCCAAGUCUGACUCCGACUUGCUCGUGUCGCCCCCUAGUGAGGAGGAUGGGGGGUUGGGAAACCGAAGCGAGUCUGUUUCUAACUGUAGCACUGGCAAGAAGAGGCUUGAGAAAUCUCCCUCUUUCACCUCAGAAUGGGACGAGCAGAAACGGACAACGUUUCCUACCACAAAACAGCGAAGAUCUAAAUCCUAUGACAGCAUCGAGAAGAUCAUGACACUGAUUGGUGCCGGCAUCGAUUUUUCCAGAGAUCAGCAAUAUGCUACACCAGCAGGUGCUGCCGGCCGGCUGCUGGACCAACCCGUGGGAGACUGGCUGGAGCACGUGGGGCUACCGCAGUACGAGAGCAAACUCCUCCUCAAUGGCUUCGACGACCUGCACUACAUGGGGACCAAUGUAAUGGAGGACCAGGACUUGAGAGAGAUUGGGAUCACAGACCCAAGCCACAGAAAGAAGAUCCUGCAUGCAGCCCGUUCGUUACCCAAGGUGAAAGGGCUGGGCUGUGACGGAAGCAGCUCCCUCUCCUCUUGGCUGGAAAACCUGGGCCUGCACGAGUACUUGCACAACUUCCUGACCAGCGGCUACCGCACUCUGGACUGUGUCAAAAACCUUUGGGAACUGGAGAUUGUCAAUGUGCUAAAGAUCUCCCUACUUGGGCACAGGAAACGCAUCAUUGCUUCCUUAGCAGAGAGGCCCUAUGAGGAACCUCCAGUUAAGCCUCCUCGUCUGUCUCAGAUCAGGUGCCAAGACCUGCCUGGAUCCCAGACCUCGUCCCCCCUUAGUCAGAUGGAGUCGUACUCAGGACGCUCAAUGGAUCCUCUGCUGCCAAUAGUAGAGCCAGGGAGGAAAAAAGUCCAAGAUACUGACUAUGACGUUACCCAAAGAUAUCGCAGUGAACGACACAGACCACACGAACGGUAUGAAGAACGCCAUCGAGAGCCCCGUCUGACCCUGCGGCCUCCAAGUCUGGCAGCACCCUACGCGCCGGUCCAGAACUGGCAUCAUCAGCCUGAGAAACUUAUCUUUGAAUCCUGCGCCUACGAAGCCAGUUAUCUCGGUUCAAUGCUUAUUAAGGAUCUAAGAGGGACCGAGUCCACGCAGGAUGCCUGUGCAAAAAUGCGGCGGUCGACGGAGCAAAUGAGAAAAGUCCCUACCAUCGUCCUCUCGAUCACCUACAAGGGUGUGAAGUUCAUCGAUGCAGCCAAUAAGAACAUCAUCGCAGAGCAUGAGAUCCGUAAUAUUUCGUGCGCAGCCCAGGACCCAGAGGACUUGUGCACAUUUGCCUACAUCACCAAGGACUUGCAGACCAGCCACCACUACUGCCAUGUGUUCAGCACAGUAGACGUGAACCUGACCUAUGAGAUCAUACUGACGCUCGGCCAAGCGUUUGAGGUAGCCUAUCAGCUGGCUCUGCAGGCCCAAAGGACCAAACAGCACCAGAACCUCCCAGUGGGACCCGGGUCAGAGGUCAUUGAAACCAAGUCCAGCAGACCUGUACCCAAGCCACGGGGCAGCGUAAGGAAGUCGUCGGGGGACAAUGUGGAGCAGGAGGGGGAUUCUCAGUCCCAGGGCAACGCCACGUGGCUCGUGGACCCCAAGGAAUCCAAGCGCACUAUCAGCACUAACUGAACACUGUGGCCACUCCCAGCCAGUAAGAAAGGACAGGAAUGAGCGCUGUUGCAUGGUGGGUAAGAUGUUUAGUGACCCACUUCGCAUGCAGCAGAAUCACAUCACCAGUUGGACCAGCCGCACCACAGUAACACACGAGCCUGGAGACAAACAGACGUAAAGCUUUCAACACUACACGGUCCACCAGAUCACCUAAACUCAUCGACUUCAUCGUGCCACAUGCGUAUGCACACGCUCCAUUUAGCUUCCUGUCUAUCACAAAGUCA